AUGAAGUUCGGCAAAUAUCUUGCCCUGAGGCAAUUGGAGCUCCCAGAGUAUUCUGGUCAUUUCAUCGAUUACAAGGCACUUAAGAAGCUUAUCAAGCAAUUGGCAGUGCAACUGACCGGCGAAUCACUUCAAGAAAACAAGGCAUCGUUUUUCUUCCGUGUGGAGAGAGAAUUGGACAAGGUGAACCACUUCUACCUUGAAAAACAGGCCAAUUUGGCAAUUAACUUGGAUUUGUUGAUGGUGAAAAAGUCCGAGUUGCUAUCCAAACUGGACUAUACCAAUAAGUUGGAUACAUCAAACUCCACUGCUCCGCUCCGAAAUUCAAUUUCAUACUUGAACUUGUACCAAAAUUUCAAGAAGAUCCACCAAGAUUUAAUUAGGUUGCAACAAUUUAUUGAAUUGAAUGAGACUGGUUUCUCUAAAGUGGUUAAGAAAUGGGAUAAAAGAAGUAAAUCCCAUACCAAGGAACUAUUCAUCCUGAGUGCUGUUAGCGUUCAGCCAGUGUUCCAUAAAAAUGAAAUUAACGAGUUGAGUGACUUGGUAACCCAAUGCUUGUUUGAUUUGGAAAGUUUAAUAGACGGAGACUUCUCUGGCAUGUCUCCUCAAUUGACUAGAACGUCUGGAACUGCUCCUCCAAGCAUGCCAACAGGAAGCACGGGUAGCGGUGCAAAUACUGUGACUUCACGCCACAAUUCUGAAGAUCAUCGUGAUUCUGUUUCAUCCAUUAUGGGCCCAAACUUUACCACAAACCAUUCUUUGUUGGUUAAUGUAAGUGACACAGAAAUCGAUGACCUUUAUUCGUCCUUUGUGAAUGUCGCAACCAUUAAGGACCCAGAUUUGGCCCUAUUGGCUCAAUGGGUUGAAAAGGUGAAGGAAUCAUCUCAAGAAUCAGGGUCUUCUACUAUCAAGUUUAAGUUCUCUAAAGUGUUUCUUUUGUCCAUUUCCAAUUUAAAAAUAUCUGAUACUUUUUUGGAGACUUUCCUUGAUUUAAUAAAUUAUAAUAUCGACCUUUCAUUCAUUUCCGAUGAUUUGAACAACAAUAAAAACAUACUCCACGAAAGUUGUUCCAUACUUCCAACAAAUAAUCACGAUGAAUCGGGAAACCCCAAUCACCACGUAGUUAUCAAUAAUGGAGUGAAGGUCAUUAAUCUGACGGACAGUAUUAUCCACUCAAGAACUUUCAUAGUCUCAUACUUGAUGAGCAACUUAUCACCCGCAUUGCGUCUGAAAUUGUUGGUGUCGCCAGCUUUCAACGGCAGAACAUGUCUCCACUACGCAUCUCAGUAUAACAGAUUAGAUUUGUUGGACAUUAUAUUGCCAUACUUUCCAAAGGAACAUUUAGAUGAUUUGGACAAUGAAUCCAUGUCGGCGUUACUUCUUGCCAUAAAACACAAUAAUUUCGAAGUAAUUACGAGGUUGGUUGCUUCUGGUUCAAAUUGUUUCCCACAAACAAACGAUGGAAAAUUGCAAUAUUUGCCAGUAAAUUACUCUUGCAAGUUCGGGAAUUACCAAAUAUUGGAAUAUAUCUUGAAGCAAGACAAAAAAAUUGAAAAUGGUUUAAUAAAUCAGCAAGACGUAGAAGGGUUAUUCCCACUACAUGUAAUCGCUAGAUCGGGUCAUUACACAUUGAUUAGAUUAUUAAUUGAGUAUGGUGCUGAGGUGAACCAAAUUGACGGCUUGAAUAAAUGGACUCCGCUAUUUUACAGUGCACUGGAGGGCCACGUUCAGACUACUAAAGAAUUGGUAAAAUUUGGAGCCAAAUUGGACCUAGUUGAUGAUGAUGGCUACAAUGUGUUAUAUUAUUGCGUUGUUGAAGGUCACAUUAAAGUUUUAAAUGUAUUACUUAGUUAUUAUGAUGAUAUAUUCGGGACUAACAAUGGAAUGGAAAGCUUAGCAAAUGGGCAGUCUCCCGACUUUAUUGGAAGAAAUAGUAACAUGAAGGAUAGACGUAUGGAAGGUGACAACGAUCAACAUACCAAUGUUCAUUCUAACAAAAAUUUACUACAUGAAUCUGACUUGAAUUCAAGAAGUAUCGACUCAGCCAUGUCAAUUGGGGAUGACGAUAUAAUGGAAAAAGACGACUCAGAUGACGAUGACAUUGUAGAGGGAAACUCUGAAAAAAUGAUCGAAGAAGACCCAAUCGAUUCAAUUCCAGAUUUACAGUUGCCUCCCCCUAUUCUCCCCCUCAGAAGAUACGGUCAUAAUUUCUUAGAACAGAAGGUUCUCAUUGAGCUCAUUUUUCCUCCAGAUCAAAAGUUUAUUACUCUUUUCAAUUCAGUUGCGGAUUUAAUACCUGGAAGAUUAACUUUGACUUCCAACAUCAGUGACAUCGUUCCUAGAAACAUCCUUUUGCCAAUGAGUGAUGAUACAAAGGCAAACAAUAACUGCAUAUUUCAGACAGAAACCGAUUCAUUACAUGAAUUUAGAAUUGAUUUUGAAAUCUUUCCUAAGUUUGGUACAAGAUUAAUUGCUAAGACUACAGCGUUGACCUUUUCUCAAAUUGAUACAUCUUCCCCUGAAAUUAACUCAAUUCAGUUGCCUUUGUUUGAUUUAAGAUUAAGGAACAUAGGAGAAUUGAAAUUUGAUUACCAGGUAAUAUUCCCUUUUGCUGGAAAUUUAUUGGAGACUUCAAAGUUCGAUACUUAUUGGAAGUCAUCCACUAGCUUCGUCAAGAAUAGACAAGUGUUGAAACUAAAUGCCGCUGGUGGAUUAUCUCCCAACAAUUUCUUAUCUUCCAGCAUUAACAGCUCUAUUGGUGGUGCAAACUCCCAACCUGGUGCAGCAGUAGGUUCAAGUAAUGGUAGUAUUGGAAGUAGCGAUGGAGCCCCUGCGACGUCACAUAAUACAAACACGGGUAAUGAUAUUAUGUCUACGUUGGCUCCUUCUUCCUUUGUAACUGCUACAUCAUUAUCUGGAGAAUACCUUAGGAUCAAAGUCUGUCUCCUUAAUGAUGGUACUCCAAUUGUUUGUCCUUUUUGGUCAAUUGCCCUUACAGAGACAAUUGAUUUAUAUUUACCAAAUCUCUCAUUGGAACAAUUAUACUCCAUUACUAACGAUCUUUUCGAUUAUAAUAAAGUCAUCAAUGACUUGUCUGGAAUGACUUUGAAGGACCUUCCAUUGAUCAAAAAGCUACUUAAGAUAAUAUAUUUGCCAUUAGACUUGUUAUUGGACGCAUUGAACUUUGAAAUCAACUUGAAUUUGGAAGUUGUUUUCCCUUCACAAUAUGAAUUAGAAAAGCUUCCAAUUGUUGGAAACAUUCAACUGAAUUUAAAUAACUUUAUCGAUUCAACUUUGAACAAUAUUUUCAACCACAUUAGGAAUCAAAAGGUUAAAAGUGGAUCUGGAGCCGGAAGAUCCAUAAUCUUACUCUCAUCCAAUUCUUUAGUCUGCAAGAUACUCAAUUGGAAGCAACCAAAUUUUCCAGUAUUUUUAAUCAUGAACGGUAUUAAAUAUAAUGCAAACAAGAGAAUUUUUGAAUCAAGAACUACGAACAGCCUAUUGAUGGAGGAGAAAGAUUUGGAAGAAAACCAAUGUGCUGCUAAUUCUAAAAACGGAUAUGAAUUUAAUUCUAGUGAAAACAAUUAUAACAAUAAGGAUUCACUGAGCUUGUUGAACGACAGCCAAGAAGUAACUAUACGGUCCAUCAAGGAAGCGGUUAACUUCACUAUAAACAACAACUUGAUUGGCUUGAUAACAUCUGUUCAUUUGUUAAAUUUGGUCCCGAAAUUAGUACCAUUAAUAAGAGCUCGAGGAUUAGUAUUGGUUGCAUCUUCUGAUGCAUAUGACAAUCAAGAGCAAGACGAAGGAUAUAUCCUUGGUAAAGGAUUAGAUGCCUACACAAAAACUGACAUCAACGGGCUUAGGUUUAACGAUGUUUUACGUUUCAAGGAAGACGUUACAAUGUAG